AUGGGCUACCACACACUGUUCAAGAAUGGCAUACUUUACGAGCGGCAUCUGCUGCAUCAUUCGGAUGGUUGUGAAAGAAUUAUAUUAGGAUACUUAUUUUGCGUUUUUGUUUUUUUUCUCAGUUGUGUUCAGGUAGUGGAGCACCAUGCUGCUGAUAUCGAUGUUUAUCACUGUCCCAACUGUGAGCCCAUCCAUGGACCCUCCAUGAUGAAAAAGCGCAACAACUGGCACAGGCAUGACUACACUGAGCCAAAUGAUGGCACACGCCCCGUUCAGGCAGGAACUGCUGUGUUUGUACAGCAACUCCAGGCCAGGAGCUUUGCCAGUGGCCAUGAGAUUCUGGUGCCAAUGCAGGGGAGCCAGGUGACCCAGCGCUACCUGGAGAGGGAGGGCUUCCAUUACCCCAUAGUGGUCCAUGACCUGGAUGGACUGGGGCUUAAACUGCCCCCUCCCUCGUUCUCUGUCAGUGAUGUGGAGCAUUAUGUGGGUGCAAAUAAAGUCAUCGACGUGAUUGAUGUCGCAAGACAGGCAGACAGCAAGCUCAAGCUGGGAGAAUUUGUGAAAUAUUACUACCAGCCUGAACGACCAAAAGUGUUGAAUCUCAUCAGCCUGGAGUUCUCUGAUACCAGGAUGGCCGACUUGGUGGAGGUUCCUGAAAUUGCGCGGAAGAUGUCCUGGGUGGAGAACUACUGGCCUGAUGACUCGUUCUUCCCCAAACCAUUUGUGCAGAAGUAUUGCCUCAUGGGAAUGAAAAAUAGUUACACGGACUUCCACAUCGAUUUUGGAGGAACUUCGGUGUGGUAUCAUGUCCUCUGGGGAGAGAAGAUUUUCUACUUGAUCAAGCCGACUAAGGCUAACCUUGCACUAUAUGAGUCCUGGAGCUCAUCACCAAAUCAGAGUGAAGUAUUCUUUGGGGAUAAAGUCGACAAGUGUUACAAAUGUGUGGUGAAGCAGGGAACUACAAUCUUCCUCCCCACUGGAUGGAUCCAUGCGGUUCUCACCUCUCAGGAUUGCAUGGCUUUUGGAGGAAACUUCCUCCACAACCUCAACAUAGGCAUGCAGCUCAGGUGCUAUGAGAUGGAGCGGCGACUAAAGACUCCAGACCUCUUUAAGUUUCCUUAUUUUGAAGCCAUUUGUUGGUAUGUAGCGAAGAAUCUGCUGGAAACUCUCAAAGAAUCCCGGGAAGAUAACUGCCUGCCUCCAGAAUACCUGAUCAAGGGAGUGAAAGCUUUGAUUACUGCACUGAGGAACUGGCUAAAGAGAGAGGUCACAGAGCCAGCCAGCGAGGUCCCUGACCAUAUCAGACCCAACCAUCUCAUUAAAAUGCUCACCAAGGAAAUCCAGUACCUUGAGAAAGGCAUUUAA